AGCACGUUAAAUGUAAAUAAAAGCAUUUAAUUUAGAGUUGCAGGCCUUGCUAGCAAAGAGAAUCAUUAAAAAUAUUGGGCCGCUAAUUCCAAGUAAGGACACUUAUCUCAUAUUUCUGUGCCCAAGUUUAGCUUUAUUAUAUUAACUAUUUAUUUUUAUUUUGGGGAACUGGGCAGUUAGUUAAACAGCAGAAGUGAACAUCAAUUAUUUACAAAUACAAAAACUAUAACUUUUAUUAAUAAUUUUCAAUUAACACCCCAUUUGAUUAUUUGAUAUUAAUUCUAAUUAUGAAUUAUUAACCAAAUGUCUUUUCUUUAAAAGAAUUCGAAGAAAGUUCACAUUUAUUUAUAUAAUAUUAUAUCUUAAACUUGACAAAUAAAAUAAAGUUUUUAUCGCUACUUACGUAGUAAUAUAAUAUGCCCAAUUUAGUUGUAGGGACCUCCCAUUCAUUAAAUUUAUAUAUACGUUUAACAUCGCCCAUGUCAUCGGAGCUUUAGACUUUAGAAGAAUAAGAAGAAUGUAUCACACUAAUGACUAAUGUAUCCAUAAUUUUAUAUUUUUUGAUUUGACAAUUUUGUCCCCUUGACUGCUCAUUGACUGCUCAGACUUGCUGACACUGACAUCAUGUUGUUUCCUGAGAUCUAUAAAAGCUUAGUGAGCUUUUACAGUAAGCUACGGACAUGGAAGGAAGCAAGGGCGCAUUCAGGGACCCACACUCUUUCAUCUUUGCCAUAUUUUCUCCAUAUUCUCUCCAUUACGAAAUUUCUAGGAAUGCACUGAGUGUGACUGAGUGAGGGUACAUCCACACCAGGUUUUAUAGCAAGCCGCUCAACAUUGUCUACCGUCUACCUCCCUGUAGUGUCCAAAGGGUUGAUAGUAUUAAUGUGAAAAUUGUUGAGCUUCACAUAAGUAUAACCUGGGCUCACUAUCUCUACUGAAAAUUGAGAAUGGAUGAAAGGACAGCACCAGCCGUGUCCAGCAAUGUGUAAAGCUUAAGUUCCAGAGAGUUCCAUCUGCUGGUCUACACUAGGCAUGAAUAGAAAUACAACAGCUUCCAUCAUAGAUAUCUGUAGUUCUUUCAGUGAAUUUAAAAGGAUUUCUGGGAGGCACGCUCAUAGAGGGGGCAUGACAAUCCAUACAACCACAUCUGUGCUGCAGUGAUGUGCACAGGAAGAUGGACUGGAUCAAUUCAAGUGACAUGGAUGGAGGAAUGUAUCAACGACUGUUGGCACCCUGAUGGAGAACCACUGAACUGCUUAAUACUAUCUGUACAAUUGGGUUGAGAAACUUUUUACUGGUAGAUUGAAAUGUCAGGUUUGGGGGCGAUCAAUUGUGCGAUAAAAAGUAAGACGUGACCUUUAAAUGUCUGACUAAUAUUACUAAUAAGGCCAAUUGAAAUGAAAACAUGUAACAUUUUUUAAAUCAAUAUACAUAUUUUAAAAAUUGUUUUGUUCUCAUUGCAAAUUUUGAACUUUUUAUUUAUUUUAUUAAAUUUUAGGGGGUAGGGGGGCGUAUUUCUCACCUGCAAAAAUACAAAAUCUAUUCAUAGCAACAAGAAAAUUACAGUAUUGAAUUUGCAUCGUUGGAUAUGGUUACUUAAAAACUAAAAAAUGUUAAUACUGUUAUCAAUGUUCAUUAAAAAAAAGUUGAGUAGUUGUAGCACUAGUAGUAGUAGUAGUAGAAAAUGUAUAAAAUGCAGAGGUUGAAAGUGUCAAGAUUUUUUAAAAUCAGUAAGAUGUUAACCAUCAUGGACAGAAUGAAAUUUAAUGAAAAACUAUAUUUAGAAUGAUACAUUUCAGUUAUUAACAAUAAUUUUAAUAAUAAAAAAAGUUCUGUUAGGACAGAAUGAAAUGUAAUGAAAAACUAUAUUUAGAAUGAUACAUUUCAGUUAUUAACAAUAAUUUUAAUUUACAAAAAUUUCUUUUAACGAAAUUGUAAUGCCGGUAAUUCUUAAUUUUUAUUUUGCAUUCUCCAGUUACCCAAAGAGUUGCAACGUUGAAGGCCAAGAACACCAUGCCAAAGUGGAGUUGCGAGCUCCUGACCCAAGUUUAAAUUUUUAAUUUAAUUGUACCACAGUAGAUUCUAUUCUCAUACAACAUAUCCAUCAGCCAGUUUCAUCCACAUAUUCUUCUGAAAUUCACUCAUAGGCUAAGAAGGAAUUCCCAAUCCAUCUGUUCACAACUCGUCCUUAUUACAAUUACAACUAUUUGGGCUUUAUUAUAAAAAUGGCUGGAGUCCUGAAGCAUUGGAGAGAGUCAGCGAGCUUGAUCAUAGCAUCAAAGAAGCUUUCUAUGCCACAACCACGGCAGACUCUUCUAAACAGAAUAAUGAGAAAACAACCAGAACUUGUUGAAAAUACACAUGAUGAAAUUUUUCGUGUUCUUCUUCUCAAAAGAAGUGCAGCGAGUUCUAAUUUGCCCAAGGUUCAUGUGUUCCCCGGAGGAAUGCUGGAUAACAAUGACUUCUCUAAAGAGUGGCUGGAUUUGACUGGAUGCAAUGGUGAUUUACUGCAGUUACUUGCCAGGGGAUUUGCUGGUGCUCCGAUUUUCAGUAGGAAAAGAGCAGCAGAGUUUUCAGAAAUACCCAGUGAGAUAGCCUUGCGAAUAGCAGCCAUAAGGGAAACAUUUGAGGAGUCCGGUAUUCUACUAGCAAGGCCUAUAGAUGAUGUAGAAACACUUAAACUCAACUCGUUGAAAAGUCAUCCUAUAUGUAGCACUUAUUGCAAUAUGUCGUCAAGAGUCAACAUUGAAUGGAGAAAGCAGAUAAUUUCAGAUCCAUCUCAGUUUCUGGUUAUGUGCAAAGAGUUGAAGAUGGUUCCUGAUAUAUGGUCAUUAUACGAAUGGUCAAACUGGUUGACUCCGUUGUUAAGAGGCUCAAGAUUUGACACAGCAUUUUUUAUUUGCUGUGUUGAUGAGGCCCCACUAAUCUAUGAUUCAGAGGAAACUGAAGAAGGAAUUGUAAGUAAAAAAAAAAUUUGGGGGGGUUAUUUUUGUGGGUGUAAAAAUUGCUCUAACCUCAGUUAGUUAAAAUAUUGAAGAAUUUCAAAUUUUCAUAACAUGUUUUCUGGUUCAUUAUACUAAUAUAAUACUAUACAAAAUAUUCACUGGUGGUAUUUAUCAAUAUAAGUUCAUCGUCUUUUAACAAUGUAGAUGAAUUUGUAGCAGAUAAUCCUAAAGCAAUUGUUUCUUUAUUGAUUAAAAUAGACUCACUCCUGAACAGUGUUAGCAUUUUUUAAAUAGUAAAACUAUAUAAUUUAUAAAUAUUUACUUCUUUAUGUUAAUUUGUUUCAAAUUAAAAGUAAUGAUCUCUAAAAAAAAGUUUAUUAGAGUGAUAGGUAAUGAAUGUUUAAUUGAAAUCUUGACAGCUUUUUCCUAAUUACAGUGGCUCAGUCCCUCUGGAAUUCUGAAAGCAUGUUCCCAAGGAAUUGUUCCUUUAGCACCCCCUCAGUUAUAUGAGCUGUCACGAUUAACACAGUUCAACACCACAGAUGAUCUCCUAUCAUUGUCAUGGAAACGUUCAGCGUAUCGUGCAAAACGUUGGAUGCCAGUCCUCGUUCAGUGUCAGGACUGUACUAUGAUUGUUUUACCAGGUAGUCAACAUUUGUCUAAGAUGGGGUUGAAUUAAACUACUCUCUGUGUGAUUCCUUCUUUACACCUGUUUGUGUGCAAUACAUUAAAAACCUCUUUAUGUGAGUUACAUUAAAAACCUCUUUGUGUGUGUUACUUUAAACACCUCUGUAUGUGUUACUAGAUCUCUUCAUUGCCAAUUAAAUUGCUGCAAUAUUUUAUUAUUUUUUUUUUUACUCCAAAAAAAUUUUUAAAAGCUAAAAGCAUGUUAUACAAACUUUAUCAUUAUACACAACAUUCCAGCUAUUACACACCACAGAGAGCGGCAUAAUACACAACCCUACAGCCACUAUACACACCAGAGGCAAAAUACACACCAGAGGCAAAAUACACAACCCUACAGCCACUAUACACACCAGAGGCAUAAUACACAACCCUACAGCUACCAUACCCAUGCCAAGAAGCGCAUUCAUUAAGUGAAGCUUAAAAUGCAUUACUUAAGUAAACUGCUGCUUUGUCAUGGACAUUUAAAUCCUGUUUUUUUGUUUUUUUUCACCAAGGUGAUGAUAUGUACCCUGAGAACCCUGACUUGACUGGGGAAAUAGGAAGUGGAGCUACUGAAGUAUCACAGUCUUUCCAGGAACUUCAGAACCUCUACCCUAGACAAAACCGUAUAGUAGUUAACGAAAACAAGCAGUUAUCAUUGUACUGCAAUGUUAAAUUUGUCUCCGGUCACAUGCUACCUCUUGAAUUUAACAAAGAAGCUCUAUCUAAAUGAUUUUAUAUUAUCACUUGCUCCUAAAUUUUUAAGGAUGUGGAAUCUUGAAAUCAAAUUAGCAUGUGUUCAUUUGUUAGAAAUGAUUAAAUAUACAUGUACAUUUUAUUUUAUCUUCUCGAGUCUUGAGUGUGAUGAUUUUAGUCACAUCACCAUUUGUAAUGUUUUUUAUUUUAAUUUUCAUGUUUAAAUGAUACUAUCAUAUUCUAAACCUUUCAGAAGUAAUUUAAAACUCUUCAAUGAAUUAGAGACCAUUUUUAAUUUUAUGUUAACAUAAAGCCAAUAAUGAGACUGUUGACAAACAUUAAUAAUAUAACAUUUUCUGUUGUUCCUAUCAUCUAAAAUACAUGACUAUAAUGAAAUUCUUACACACAGUGUGUCGAUGUAUUCAUAAUAUCAGGACUCCAUUAAACAAUUAUUGUGUACAGGAUACUGUAUUUAUUUUGAAAAAAAAAAAUAUUUUCAACAGCAAAGUUAGCAAAAUCACAUUGUGCACAUUGUGACUGUAUAUUUGUCUUUGAUGAUCCACAUUGGGGUUUAGUGGAAAAGAAAGACAAAAAAAAUAGAUCUUUAUAAUCAAGUGGUGCUAAUGAAAAAAAUAAUUUACAAAUCAAAAUUAUAUUUAUAAUUAGAUAUUAAAAAUCCCAAUGAGAUUUGCUUUGUUGGAGCCAUUUAAAUUUUUUUUAAAGGUAAAAUUUGUUUGACUUGGUGCCAGUGGAGUUCAUGAAUGGAAUUAAGAGAUAUAAAAAUAUUUUAGAUCCAAAAUAAAAACUGAAACAAUGCUGUCAGGAAGAUACAAGUACAGCAGUAAAUAGCUUAUUCUUAUAUCAUUCAAAUACUAUUUAGUACCGUAUGCAAGUAAAUAUUGUGAUAAAAGUCUGAAUAAAAUUUUGCAGAUUAGGUCAAACUAACAGCCCAAAUUAGUAUAUAAAUACAUAUUAUAUAUUCAAUUCACAACCACAUUUAAAAUUUACACACUAUUAUUUAAAGAAAAACAAACACACCUAAAUCAGGUAUUGAUGCAAUUUGCACUUGUCAGAACUAAUCUGAUAAUAGACAGUUAAUGAGUAAAUAUAUAAACUAAAAUGAAAUAGAUUCACUUUCGGCAGUACCGUACUCAGAAAGUAGAUCAGAUUGUACAUAUAAUUAUUUAUUAUUGUUAUAUAAUUUACCCCCCCAAAAACACAAUAUUAAUGAAAGCCUGAUUUAUAUGGCCCCCUUAUAGCGUUUAAUCCUAAGAGUCGUGUAUGGACAGCUGUCAAAGAUUAGCCAAAAGUUUUUUUCAUUCUGUGCAUGUGAUAAUGACCAUGGCAUUUUUUGACUUGAGAAGUGACUUGACUUGAGUUGUAUUUUGUUUAAAGUGAGGCAGAGUUGCUCAAUUUGUCAGCCUCACCCAUUUGUACUUUCCUAUUUGAUCCAAUGGCAAGACUUAGUCAAGAUGACUGGAAAUAGACCAGGAUGGCAAGACUUAGUCAAGAUGACUGGAAAUAGACCAGGAUGCAGUAGAUAACCAUCUCUGUGUCUUGUGUGUUUCACUGUGCUCUCUAUGCGCUCUACGUGAGUCGUCAGAAUUUUCAUUGUGUCAGUGUCAUAACGCCAAUAGACGGGUCCCAUCCACCAGGGGUGCUAGUGAUGUGUCUGCUUGUCUGAACGUUUUCUGUGGAUUGAACUCCAGUCCACUAGCUUGGGAUUGGCUCAGUUUAGAUAGCGCAGCCAGAUAAGCCAUUAAAAAAAAUUUUUGGAAAAAGUUUUUUGUACAGUAUGAUAUAUUUACCCCACGUCAAACAAAAGAAUGUAAUACAUAGAGUGAUGGAAAUAUAAAAAAUACUAUGCGGUCAUGUCUCCACACCUUGAUGUAGCUCAAAUCUAUGUUGGUGGAGGGGGUGCUAUGAAUUAUAAAAAUGAUGGUCAUACCUCUAGUGCAUGCUUGCAUAAUGAUUUAUAGAUACAUUGUACCUUGUGUGUGCCACAGUUGGAUCCAGCAGCUUCCAGUCUGCCUGAUUUUAAAAAAUGAACGACGUAAACGAUGGUUUAACUGUCCAUCUAACACAGGAACCAGUUAAACGCCAGAUAAAAUAAUCUAAAGCUGCAACUAAGGUUUUUUUGUGAAAAGUCAUGCCAUGUUGAAAAGAAAUCAAUGCAUUUUGUCAUAUAGAUUAUACAUUUCAUCAUAUUAGCUAGGAAUCAUAUAAAUAGAUAUGUCGUAAAAACCAAAUACAAAUGAAUUGUUUUA